UGUCACUGAAAAGGUGCGCUGGCUGUUGUCUGCAACUGUCGACAUGUCGAGCCGCUCGACUUGUCUAUGACAUCGCAUUUUUGAUUCAAAGCAGAUUCUUGCAUGUCAGCGACACGAAGUUAUUUGCUGGAAUGGGGGUGUAACGGUCAACCAGGGGUUCGUUUGUUUCGGUGGAGAGCGGACCUCGGUUGCAUUUCUCCGUCCUGUCGGAGGCAAUAUUCACCAAUGGAGGGUGAUUCAGCUGCACCGCCCGCUACUACUACACAGCCCGCUACUGGUGCGUCCACUGUGAUGAGUUCUGAGAGGAAACAGCAGGACAAACAUCGCCGAAAGAACGGUAACAAUGGCAGGCUCGAGGGAUAUCCAGAAGAAGUGUUCGACGAAUACGUGGCAAUGGACAUCUUCACUGCGGCUGCCAUCGGCCAUUUUGAGCGUCUCAGCGAGUUCCUGUGCAUGUCUGACAUGGACUGUGACCAGUGCAACAGUGGAGGAUGGACACCGCUGAUGUAUGCAGCGUAUGUCGGCCACGACAAUGCCGUCAACCUGCUGCUCGACGAUGGAAGACUGAACGUGGACGUGUGUUCGCCGACCGGCUGCACCGCCUUGAUACUGGCCUCGUCCUGUGGAAAUGAAUCAGUUGGUUAUUUCCUGUUACAGCAUGGUGCCAGCAUCGACAUGCGUGAUGCAAACGGUCGCACGGCACUCUUCUACUCUGCCAGCCAGGGACAUAAGAAUAUGGUGGGAAUACUACUGGAUCACAAUGCCGAUAUAGAAGCAAGUGAAUCUGAGUUUGGGCUGACUCCACUAAUGGCCGCUGCACAGGAGGGUCACGAAGGCGUAGUCAGCCUUCUAAUCGCUCAGGGUGCAAAUGUACGCGCUGUGAGUGACUACGGCCACACAGCAAGAUCACUGGCGCAAGGCUGUGGCUCAAUGGUGGUAAUGACGUUACUGGAAAACGCUGCACAAGAAUGCAGAGUGGCACCAAGAUCUAUACGCAGUGAAGCAGGACUAUCCGAUGACCUGUGUAGUGGGCUCACACCACCACAGUAUGAGGGCGAAUGGAUCGGCAAAGCAGCCAGUUCACCCCGCAAGCACAUUCACCGGCAUAACCAAGGGCACAAGUCUCGCAAGCGGCAUGCUUCUGCCGGCAGUGGUGCCAGUGCAUCGGGAAGGUCCGGUAUCCACGACGGCCCUGCAGCAGUUGCACAUCUUCUCAACUCAGCCACAGCAGAUGCUCUGGCAGCAGCCAGGGCUCCCGGGCCGCAUGACCAAUCACCGGCAGAUGCAGCGGUGCAAAGAGGUCUCUCACAGAACACAUAUGAUGGACAACACAAUAGUAAUGACGACCAUUACGGUGGUGAUGACGAUGAUGGAGAAAGCAGCAGCAGCGGGAACAGUAGUAGCAGUCCUGAUGACUUUGAUGCUGGCAGUGACGAUGACGAUGACAAUAUGACAAGUGCAGACCGUUUUGCCAACAUGGCCGUGAGUACAGUGCGUGCAUCAAGUGGAGAGAGCACUGGAUCCAGUCCACAGAGCAGUGACAUGGGACGACAACUGGCCGAGCUCUGCUCUCUGUCUACAUCGGAUCAUGCCACUGGUAAGCUGAGUAGCCGGCAUGUCAGUGCAAGCAAUGGUGCUGGGACCAACAGCACUCGUUCGGGGAAGCACAGUAGUUGCAGCGGGUCUGUUGCAAACCCACACUUCGUUGCCACCAGACAGACCAGCACCUCGACGGAGUCAGAUUCUCCAAACAGUUCCCAGGAAUUACAGCCAUCGCAUCGUGCCGCCUCUAACACAUCCGCAAAACACCACGCGAGCCGACCGCAAACAAUUGAGGAGUUCCUCUCAGCUCUGGGUCUCUCUAAGUAUCUGCCGCUAUUCGAAGAACAGGACGUGAACAUGCAUGCAUUUCUGACAUUGACGGAUGAUGACUUGAAGGAAAUUGGACUAAAACUGUUUGGUCCGCGUCGCAAGAUAACAUCUGCAAUAGCCCGUUGGCAUAGCCAGGCAUGGACCGGAUCAAAUAGACUUGAACAGGCGUAUGCAGAUCACAUGGACAUACAGCUUCGGGAACUAACAGAGAAACAUCAACAGUGUGUGGAACAGCUUCACAGAUACCAUGCUCAGCUACAGCAAGAACAUGAUCUACGCGCUGCCACUGAAGCCUGCCUCCUGGAUGAGCGCGCGGCAAGUCAGGCUUUGGAGCAGACGGCACGCAUGUCACACAAGUCACUGAAAGCCGCAAGAAAGCAACUCGAGCUGGCACUGAAGGGACAAUCAAGUCUCCUCGAAAAGAUGCAAGACUUGGAAGGUAGCAGUGCAGCAGAGGCAACUGUCCUUGCACGGCAGUGCUAUCAGCAGAUGAAGACAGCAUUGAAGUCAAUGCAGAGUAGCGGAUGAUUAAUCUGAAAACGAUACGAAAGUGGUGAGAGGUCGCAGGCGAUUUCUUUUUGAAUUCUUGAUGGACACUUUGGCAAGCCUUGCUUGAUUGAUUCUACACCCCUUACAAUUACUUGAGUAUGAGCGCUUUGUUUGUUUUGAUCAACUGGAAUUAUCAUAGAGUUUGCAACCAAUUGGAAUAGGUGGCUUAAUUGCCUCAAUUCGAGCCACUUCUUUGACAAUGUAUUCCUGCUUGACACGUAUAACAUAUUUUCUUAUUUUCAAAACUUGAGAUUUUAUUGUAUUAAAGGGGUCGUCCGUAAUUUUCGAAAAAAUAAAAAAUAAGCAAAACGAGUGUGGGCGGUCAAGAACGCUGGCGGAUUUUUUUGAUUUUUGUACCUUUUUAUUAUUAUUUUUUACUUCAGUGACUUUCAUACCGUGA